AACAAGACUGGACCAACCAAACUUUUGGGGACAGAAGCCCAUUGCAGGAUGGCUCGGAAGAUGAGUAUCAAUGAACUGGAGGACCAGCUUCUCUGUCCCAUCUGUCUGGAGGUUUUCAAGGAACCCCUGAUGCUCCAGUGUGGACACUCCUACUGCAAGUCCUGUGUGGUGUCCCUGUCAUGUGACCUGGACAGGCAGUUCCUAUGUCCUGUGUGCCGCCAGGCUGUUGACUGCAGCAGCUCACCGCCCAACGUGACACUCGCCCGGGUCAUUGAGGCACUGCAAGCCAUGGGCGAGUCAAACCCCACUCAAGAGUCCUGCCCAGUCCACCACAACCCCCUCAGUCUCUUCUGUGAGCCUGACCAAGAGGUGAUCUGUGGGCUGUGUGGCAUCAUCGGUGCACACCGGCAGCACAAGAUCACACCAGUCUCUACUGUCUACAGCCGCAUGAAGGAGGAGCUCUCUGUGCUGUUAACUGAAGUCCAGCAGCAAAAAAGGAACCUGGAUGAACACAUGAGCAAGCUGGUUAACAACAAAAUUCGAAUUGCGAAUGAGUCAGAUGUCUUCAAGUGGGUGAUCCGGAAGGAGUUCCAGGAGCUGCAUCGCUACAUCGACGAGGAAAAGGCCAGCUUCCUGGAAAGCACUGAAAUAAAGGCUGCUCGCCUCAUUGCCUCUAUUGAGUCCCACGUCAAGCAGACGUCAGACACCCUGAAGAAGUUAAAGGAGGUAGAGAUAUCAUUGGAGAAACUCAACAAUGAAAGUCAAUUGGAUUUCAUCCGGGUGAACUCUGUGGUGUUUUUGUCUCAAUGCUAUUUUUCUUCUAGGUCAGAGCUUCCCCAGCUGAAUCCACUGGAAGGGACCUUCAGUGCUGUCUCCUUCAAGCCAGGCUUCCAUCAAGAUGACAUCAAAAUGACUGUAUGGAAACGUCUGCAUCGCAGAGUCCUGCCAGCUCCAGAAACACUGAAACUGGACCCGGCAACUGCACACCCUCUACUGGAGCUGUCCAAGGGAAACACGGUUGUGCAGUGUGGUCUCUAUCAGCGCCGGGACAGCAAUCCUGAGCGCUUUGACUCCAGCAACUGCAUCCUGGCCAACAAGGGCUUCUCCUGGGGCAGGCAUUACUGGGAGGUGCUUGUUGGCACCAAGAGCCACUGGCGCCUGGGCGUCAUCAAGGGGACGACGAGCCGCAAAGGCAAGCUGAGCAAGUCUCCUGAGCAUGGUGUGUGGCUCAUUGGCCUGAAGGAAGGUAAGGUCUAUGAGGCCUUCAAUACUGCACGCACCACACUGCCGCUCACAACUCGGCCCCAGCGCAUUGGCAUUUACCUACACUAUGAGAAGGGUGAGCUGACCUUCUACAAUGCGGACAGCCCCAAUGAGCUUCUUUCCAUCUACACCUUCCAGGCAGAAUUCCAGGUGAAACUCUACCCCAUUGUGGAUAUGUGCUGGCAUGAGCGGGGCACCAGCUCCCUGCCCAUAGUGCUGCUCACACCCUCCAUGAUCCGACACACACGGUCUCCUGACAGAAGCUCUGACCCAGAGGAACCCACAAAGCUAUAGAUCUCCAUUCAGAAAGAACCCCUCACUCCUGGGAAUAGACACACCUUUCUCUGUGUGGUGAUCUACUGCCAGGGAAGGGGCUAUGGACCUACACUGUUCUCAGUUGUUCAGUCUCAGGGUUGGAAUUGACAUGGAAACAGGUUCUUUAUCCAUUAAGGGCAGAGAACAGGCAUAAACCAAAGCAGCAUGCCACACAAGUGAAUAUGGACCUGAUGCCUACCUUUAGACCCACCACCAUUGGUGAGUUCCAUUUAGCCCUGCUGCCUCCUCCUUUCCCAGACUCUUAUGAAAGGCAAUAACAACUGCUGGACAUCACUGACCAUCACAGGCAAAGAGCAGCAGGCCCAGAUAAACACCACUGAGCACAUGUCUCUGGUUGUAGACAGUGA